AUGUCGUUGACACUAGCUGAUUCCACCAAUGGCGAUGAAGAAUCCAUCAUCACUCCCUUGCUUGCCCAGAAAUCGCUUGCAAAUUCUUCCUCACAGGUUGCUAUUGUUGGAGCUAAUGUUUGCCCCAUUGAGAGCCUUGAUUACGAGAUUUUCGAUAAUGAGUGCUUCAUGCAAGAUUGGAGAAGUCGUGGGGAUUUCCAGAUAUUUCAGUACUUGGUUAUGAAGUGGCUUUCAUGCUUCUUGAUUGGUUUGAUCAUGGGUCUUGUUGGAUUUUUCAAUAACCUGGCGGUGGAGAAUAUUGCAGGGAAGAAGUUUGUGAUCACUUCGAAUAUGAUGCUCGAGGGCAGGUAUGGGAUGGCUUUUCUUGUUUUCUCUGUUUCCAAUUUAGUUCUCACCCUAUUCGCAUCUGUCAUUACGGCAUUGAUCUGUCCCCAAGCAGCUGGUUCAGGUAUACCAGAAGUAAAGGCUUAUCUGAAUGGUGUGGAUGCCCCUGGAAUAUUAUCGCCUCGGACGCUGUUAGUGAAGAUUGUUGGCAGCAUUUCUAUUGUGUCAUCAUCGAUGAUUGUUGGAAAAGCUGGGCCUAUGGUACAUACUGGGGCAUGCGUUGCAUCCUUGGUAGGGCGGGGGGGUUUCAAAAUAUUUGGCUCAACAUGGAGAUGGCUAUACCUUCUCAAGAAUGAUCGAGAUAGGCGGGAUCUUGUAACAUGUGGAGCCGCUGCUGGAAUAGCUGCUUCUUUUCGUGCUCCUGUUGGUGGUGUGUUAUUUGCUUUUGAAGAGAUGGCAUCUUGGUGGAGAAGUGCCAUUCUGUGGCGAUCAUUUUUCACAACGGCUGUAGUUGCUGUGGUAUUACGCUCACUGAUUGACAUGUGUUUAAAUGGAUUAUGUGGAUUAUUUGGUAAAGGGGGACUUAUAAUAUUUGAUACCUACUCAGACUUUCCUACAUAUCACCUCGAAGAUCUACCUCCUGUGCUUGUUCUUGCUUUUAUCGGAGGCAUACUUGGAAGCUUAUAUAAUUUUUUUUUGAACAAACUUCUUCGCAUUUAUAAUCUCAUACACGAGAAAGGCAUUAUUUACAAAAUUUUACUGGCUUGCACGGUCUCAAUUUUCACAUCCUUCCUUCUUUUUGGAUUACCAUGGUUUGCAUCGUGCCAACCUUGCCCAUCAAGUGCUCGAGAAAUUUGUCCUACCAUAGGUAGAUCUGGUAACUUCAAGAAGUUUCAGUGUGCUCCUGGUCACUACAAUGAUCUUGCAAGUCUCAUAUUUAACACCAAUGACGAUGCCAUAAAAAAUCUCUUUAGCAAGGACACAGACUCCGAGUUCCAGUUGUCAUCAAUGCUCACAUUUUUUGUUACCUGUUUUUCCUUGAGCAUUCUAAGUUAUGGGACAGUUGCUCCUGUUGGCUUGUUUGUCCCUGUUAUUGUGACUGGAGCUUCUUAUGGUCGUUUCAUCGGAAUGAUUGUCAGUCCACACACGAACCUAAGCCAUGGCUUCUUUGCCAUAUUAGGUGCUGCUUCAUUUCUCGGGGGGACGAUGAGAACAACAGUUUCUCUCUGUGUUAUUUUGCUUGAAUUGACCAAUAAUUUGUUGUUACUGCCUUUAAUAAUGUUGGUUCUUCUUAUUUCCAAGACCGUAGCUGAUGCUUUCAACAGUAAUAUAUAUAACUUGAUCAUGAAAGCGAAAGGAUUUCCUUAUCUAUAUGGCCAUGUUGAGCCAUACAUGAGGCAGCUCAAUGUUGUUGAUGUACUAACGAGUCCGCUUCAAUUAUUUAACGGCAUUGAGAAGGUUCGCAAUGUAGUAAACGUUCUCAGUAUGACAAGCCAUCACGGAUUUCCUGUCAUUGACGAACCUCCUUUCUCCGAAUACCCUAUUUUAUAUGGUCUAGUUCUCAGAACCCACAUUAUCAUGUUGUUAAAGAAGAAAGCUUUCUUGUCCGUUCCAACACUAGGAUCAGAAAGAGAAGAUCCUUGCAAGCUAUUCUCAGCUGAUGAUUUCGCCAAGAUGGGUUCAGGUGAUGUUGAAAGGAUUGAAGAUGUACAAUUGACUGAUGAAGAGAUGGAGAUGUUCAUUGAUCUACAUCCGUUUGCCAAUACUUCACCUUGUACUGUCAUGGAGACCACGUCACUUGCAAAGGCUCUUGAAAUUUUUCGAGAAACUGGUUUAAGACACAUGUUGGUGAUUCCCAAGGUCCCUGGGAGAUCGCCCGUGGUUGGUGUAUUGACUCGGCACGACUUUAUGCCAGAUUACAUUCUCAGUUUGCAUCCAAGGCUGGAGAAAAGCAGAUGGAAAAGGUUAAGAAUCAAAUUUCACCUGAAGAAAAAAUUCUUCUAG